UUUACGCUCCAUGUUUACAUGUACGAUAGACGAUGGAAAUGCUCGUAGAAACAGCUCCUUUAUCUAGAAAACGCCACUAUUCUUCGUUGGUUGACUCUUGUGAUGUUUAUAAUACGAAAAAGACGUGUUUUUCAUGGGCACACAGUGCGAAAGAAAACAUUUCAAAUUAUCAAAGAGAACACGAAAUCAAGCAGGGAAUAAAAGAGCAYCAGACAGAAGAACAGAUGGAUGUUACAGAUAGUAUACCAAAAACACUUGAUUGCACAUUAAAACAAAGUGAAGUAACUAAUAUGUAUGCUUCAAGUUCCUAUAGAAGAAGUAAUAACACUGUCCACUGCUCAAGGUGUCAGGCRGGAGAACCAGGACACUUCAACCACCAAAAGAUGUUUUAACCAUAAUUAGCUUUACACCUGUUUUCCAAGACAUUUACCCAAAUAAAGAUAAAAGUGACAUAAAUGAUGCUYAAGUUGGGUAAUGGGCGUUUAUGCUCCAGAACAAUUACCAAACUAGGUUUUUGCCUCAAAUAAUUCUUCAUUUAUUUUCAUUUGGGUCAAUGUUUUUUUUGCAAGCAAGUGUAAUAUCUUUAUUUAAGAUAGGAAAGGUCACUUGUUUUAAUGUAGAUUGAUAAUAUAUUGUAUUUUAUGGUAAUGCUACAAUUGUAUGAAUUGUCACAAAAAGUAUGCUUACGGUAACCAAAAUCCAUUUUUUGUCAUGUGUCACAACCCUCCUGGAGAGGGAGUAUUGCUACAUGAUGCUUGGCUGAAACUAAACACACGUGCAACAACAUCCAUAGGCCCUUUCAAACAUGGCAUUUUUUUUGUAUGGCAUUGUCUAGAUUCGGUACAAACAUCAUACACCAUGAUUUUGAUACUAUCAUAUGGAAGGUUUAUUGAAACAACGAAGAAAAAUCAAAAAGUGUUUGUAAAUAAAUAACAGUAGUCUAUUAGCUAUUAUAAUUUUCCUUUCAUAUUUCAACCCACAAUCUAUUUCUUUUUAUCUGUAAUUAUAUACUACUAUCAAGGUAUUGUAAAUUUUUGUAUGCUAUAAGAUCAUGAUUUCUUU